AUGUCAAGGGCUUCCAAAGGAGACAAACUUUUGAGUGACCUGGGUUACAAGCUAGGCAAAACCUUAGGAGAAGGAAGCUAUUCCAAGGUGAGAGUGGCCACCUCUGCCAAAUACAAGGGACCACUAGCAAUCAAAAUGGUGGACCGACGUCGAGCACCUCGGGAUUUUGUGGAGAAGUUUCUACCGCGGGAGCUCUCUAUCUUGCGAGGAAUUCGGCACCCACACAUUGUAAGAGUGUAUGAGUUCAUUGAAGUUUGCAAUGGGACUCUGUACAUUGUGAUGGAAGCUGCAUCCACAGACUUGCUACAAAUGGUACAGCAAGUAGGGAAAUUACCCUGUGUUCCUGAAGCACGAGACAUCUUUGCCCAAGUUGUGGGUGCUGUGCGCUACCUCCAUGACAGGCAUUUGGUGCACCGAGACCUGAAGUGUGAGAAUGUGUUGCUUACUUCAGAUGGCCGUCGAGCAAAAUUGACUGACUUUGGUUUUGGCAAGGAAUCACGUGGAUACCCUGAACUGAGCACCACCUACUGUGGAUCAGCUGCAUACGCAUCCCCGGAAGUGCUUAUGGGUAUCCCCUAUGAUCCAAAAAAGUACGAUAUAUGGAGCUUGGGUGUAAUGCUCUAUGUGAUGAUUACUGGCUGCAUGCCCUUUGAUGACACUCACAUUCAUAAUAUGCCCUGCCGCCAGAAGAAAGGAGUCAUGUUCCCUGAAGAUCUGCCCUCUCUGUCUGAGCCCUGCAAAGCUCUCAUUAUGCAGCUGCUCCAGUUCAAUCCGGAAUCCCGACCCUGUGUGGGACUAGUAUCCAAGAACAACUGGUUGAAAGGGGCAACUUAAAUCGGGUGUCCUUUCCUACCCUGUGGUUGCAUGAUGCAGCCAGUUUAUCUACUACAGGCAGCAGUUUCAAGGGGGGA